AUGCACACUUCCUUCUCCAUCUCCGAUCUAACCCCACAUCCUCGUCUCAGGCGAUCUAACAAUGCAAUGCACUACCCCACAGCACGAAGUAUGAUGGACGAGAUCGACCUCCAGCUCUGUCUAGACAUAGACCCGAUCAUCCGUGGUCCACCACGCCCAACCUUCAAGCUCCGUCCAGGAAAGCGUUCCGCGUCUGAAGCUGCCUAUGACGAUGACGGCGACAGAGCUGGUACUGGUAGCCGCGACGGUAACAGAAAGGAUACUACUUCCGCAACUACCAUCCAGCAUCCUCACAACUACCAGUCCGACAAUAAACACCGUGACAACAAUCACAGUACCCCGAACGAUGGCGACCCACAUGGACAUCGACCUCGAGACCGACAGCGAGACGGAGAACUACAUCUCGCCCUUCCGCCAAGGAAACGAGUCCGCACUUCACUAUCGGUUCCGGUACUGGGGAGGAAGGGCUCGCUUCAGGUGGAGGGUUGCAAGGAUCAAGUUGCGGAGGGUGUAUCUGCGGUGGAUGUAACUGGGCCUGAUAACGGAGGUGGUGUUUCGAAGAGGGCUUCGUUUCCGAGUGUUCUUGACUCGUCGCAGGGGGUGGGCUCUUCGAGUUCGGGCGUGUGGUCUCGCGGCGAGGAGAACGGUACACCUGCGCUGUGUCCAAGUAGUUACAUGGGUCUUGAUGUUGACAUGGACAUUGACAAUAACAACGACGAAACCGAUGCCUCGAACGACAAUGGCAACCCCCCGCACUACCCGAUUCAAGACCUGAUGCACCAUCGUCCGCAGGCACCAUUCAUAUAUUUCCCCGAAGGCCCAUUUUUUCCGGCCGCGGUUCCAUCGCAGACCUCGUCCUCGCGAGGCACAUCCAGCGCCCAAACGUCAUUCGUCAUCUACGAGGAUACACAUGAUAUAACUAUGGCGAUGGAUAUGGAUAUGGAUACGAACAUGGAUGGUGAUGGUGACAGAGAGGGGACUUGGGCGUCAUCGCCAGACCGGUUCCUCUCGCCGGAGGAGAAUAAGGAGAAUACGGAUGAGGAGGAGCGAGAUGGGCAUGGGCAUCUCCAGCAGCAUGAUGAGGGGUAUAUCCUUAGGUUAGACGGCUAUGAUCUUGCCUUUGCCGGGAUGGAGCCCUACGUUCACUCGAGUACUGAGCAGGAGGCUUAUCCUAAUAAUGCGAUGAUAUCUUCGCAGGGCCUUCACGGCUACAGAUCAGCACAUGCGCAGCAGCAUGCUCUUCUGGGAUCUGGGCACCAUCCACAUACGAGCUCGGGCCGUACAUCUAUGCGUGCGCCAACCGGAACGGGCAAUGGCUAUAUGCCGCCACCUGCAUCUUCAAGCUUCCUCAGCGCUACCGAAGUCUCUUUGCAUGCCAUUCAUGGACAAACGCCCCAGAAUGAGCUUAUGCCUGGUCUACGCAGGAGGCCUUCACGGAGGACAUUCCGCUCGCGUAAUAAUGUAUGCCAUGAAGGAUAA